AUGCGUGACCUCCUUCCUCUCGCCCUGCUCCUAGCAGCCCCCACCCACGCCUUCUGGCGCCUGCCUUGUCCAGCUCCGCUUACGAUCGAGCGCCUCGACCCGAUCGUCUCCCCUGGCAAAGUCUCCGCCCACGCGCACACCAUCCUCGGCGGCAAUGGCCUCGCAUCCAACAUGACCUACAACACCACUCAAGCCUCAACCUGCUCAUCCUGCACCGUCAUCGGCGACAACUCCAACUACUGGGUUCCGGCGUUGUACUUCCAGCACAAGAACGGCAGCUUCGAGAGCGUAAAGCAGAAUGGUGGUGCGUUGGUAUACUACCUCCAACGCGCUCCAAAGGGCGUGUCCAUGAAAGCCUUCCCGCCUAACUUCAGGAUGGUAGCGGGCGAUCCAUUUCGGCGCAGUGAUCAGAACGACACAGAGCAGAGCGCAAUAAGCUACGCGUGCAUCGACUACAAUGCCCCUGGCACGCCAGAAACUCACGCCUUCCCAACCCGUAACUGUCCAAAUGGUUUGCGCCAACAAGUCUUCUUCCCUAGCUGCUGGGAUGGCGUCAACGAGGACUCUCCGGACCAUACAUCGCACGUCGCGUACCCUGUCGGCGGCUACAACGGCGGGAAAUGUCCUGAUACGCACCCCGUCAAUCUGAUUUCAGUGUUUAUCGAGAUCUUAUGGCAGACGGAUAAAUUCAAGGAUUUCUGGAACCCGGAUGACAAGAACCACCCCCAGCCGUUUGUGUUCGCGCAUGGUGACCCGACAGGAUACGGUGGACACGGCGACUUCUUGAAUGGAUGGGAUAUACCGUUGCUGCAGCGCGCGAUCGAUACUUGCACGUCCAACUCGGGGAAUGUAGAGGAUUGCAAGGAGUUCAAGUUGCGGCCGGACAAGCAGGCUGAAGGGUGCGUCCUGGAAAACAACCAUGUCGAUGAAGUCGUCACCGGCGUCCUCCCGCGUCUACCAGGCUGCAACGACGUGACACCUGGCCCUGACCGCGCACCUCUACCCUCAGGCCCGCCUACCUGCGGUGCUACCACAACACUGAGCAACAAGACCGGCACCGCAGCAUCCCAGCCGAGUAUAGAUGGCUGGAAGUACGUAGGCUGCGGCACAGACUCGACCUCCGCGCGCGCCAUGACCGCCGCUCGAUCUGCGUCAGACGACAUGACUAACGCCAAAUGCGCGAGCUUCUGCAGUGAUGGUGCAGCGAAUAAGCAAGGGAAGGGGUUCAAGUACUUCGGGACGCAAUAUGCGCGGGAAUGCUAUUGUGCGGAUGAGGUGCGGAAGGAGGCGAUGCCGAUUGAGGGCGUGCCGGGGACUUGCAAGAUGGCGUGUAGCGGGGAUGGGUCGCAGAUGUGCGGGGGAUAUGGAGUCCUUUCAAUUUGGCAGCGGGCUGGCGGUGAUGAUGGAGUAACGAAGGGGAAGAGUCGGAAAAGGUUCGAAGAGCACGUUGCGAGGCAUGCAGUGAAAGCAAGGAAGAUUGCGAGUUGA